UCGAUAUUAAUAAAAAUGGAUGAAUCCGAGGAUAACAUGAGUAUUGAUAGCUUAAGAACAGAGAGCAGUCCGCUGACAAUCAAAACAAAACCAAAGAAGAGGUCACUUGUUGAACGAGAACUUGAAACAAAUCUGACAGCACGAGUCACAUCACCGAUCACCAAUAGUGAUGGAACUACGAGUAGAUAUGGCCGUGCUCGUCGACUUAAAGCGGACUCGGAAGUCAGUGACACUGAGGUCGUUGUGAGAUCAGUGAAGACCCCAGUAUUAGAUAAGACCCCGACAAAGAUUCAAUCACCAGUUUAUAAGAUGCAUGCAUCAAAUUCACCAAUCAAACUAGAACCCUCUAAAAGUGCUCCAAAAAGGAUAUCCAUUGAGACUAACCUUGACAAUCAAAUAGAGAAUAUAUAUCAUGAGAACAUCUUGUUAAGUAGAUUUGGUUCAGAGGAGAAGAAGAGUGUUUCUCCAAUUAAUAAAGCACCAAAAGUGUAUGUACGUAAAGAUUUAAUUCAGAAAAGAGAUGAUGAUGAUGAUGAUGAUGCAAUCACUUUAAUAAAGAACAUAUUUUCACCAGUAAAAAGUACAUCUAAGUCUAAUAGUCAUUUGAGGAACAUUCUAGAGAGAUCCUCUGAAAAAUAUGGUUUGAAUAGCACUGCAAAAUCACAAGGAUAUGCAUCUGUUGUUAAAACUCUUGAUUUUGAUAACAAAAAGAAAAGGAAAGAAGCUAGGGAUGUUAAGACUGUUUUAUCCAAAAGUGAGGUCUUUGAUUUGGAGGCCAGGUGCGAGUAUCAGGUUGGAGACUUGGCUUGGGCCAGAAUGGGAACAUAUCCCUUCUGGCCAUGUAUUAUUACAAGAGACCCAUUUAGUGGCAUGUUUGUUAAGAAGAAGUUAUUUGGACGAAUAGAAAGGGAUGUGAUGCAUGUAACUUUCUUUGGAGACAAUGGACGCCGCAGCUGGAUUGUGGACAGUAUGUUGAGAAAAUUCCUUGGACAACUUGAGUUUGAGGCCACGAGAGAACAGUUCAGCCCUUCUGCAAAGAAAAGAGAUCCGAGGUUUUAUUCAGCGUUUUUUAUAUCUGAGAAGAAACUACCUCAAUGGAAUAAAUCCGUUGAGGAGGCCGAAAUAUUGUUACGCGAACCAAAAAGAUUAAGGAUAGAUUUACUUAAUGACAUGUUAGUGAAAGAGAGAGCAGCAAAAUGUACCUCAAAACAUAAUAGAAGUGGAAAAAUAACUAGAACAGAUAGUGAUGUAUCAUUAAGUGAGAGUUUAUAUGACACUUUAUUUUCUGAAGAUGAUGGAAAGACUGAAGAUUCUGAUAGAUCUCGGAAUAAAUCCAGAAAUAAGUCACUUGAUGUAUCCGAAGUUGUUACAGCUUGUCUUGAUAAUAUGGCCGCCAAAACUGGUAUUACAAAAAUACAAAGACAAUCACAUAUGGAUAGAUGGUUACAAAAAGCAAAAUCUAAAACACCAGAAAAAUCUCAAGCGAAAGUCCAUGUUACACAAAAAGAAUCUAAAAGUGCAAUUCUCAGUUCUUUACGUAAUAAUUCUAUUGCUAAUAAAAAAAAGAAACCUGUACUGAAACCAAUAAUAAUACAAAAACCUUACAAAUUAAGAAAAUCUAAUAAUCAAGCUCAGAAUUUAUUAUCACAUGAAAAUGAACAGGAUUCUAGUACCGAAUUCAAUACUUCAUCUGGACUAGAACAUAAAGAAAAUGGUAAAAAUUUUGAACAUAAAAUUAAUGAUUCUAUUGAACAUAGUGUUAUUGCUGAAGUUGAAAGUUCCAGUGACAUAGCGCAAGACAAUGACAAAAAUGAUAAUGAAAGCAAUGCUCUUAAAUCAAUACAAUGUAACAUAAAUACAAAUUUGAAAAAUGAAGAUAUGGAAAAUUAUGAUACUAGCAGCAACACAGAAAAUGUAUUUGAAGAUAUAAAAUUUUCUGUAGAUAAUAUUGAAGUUAAUAAAUAUAACCUAAAUGAUAGUGAAACAAAUAGCUCCUUACAAGAAAAUAGUCAAGACAAUAUUUCUAACGUACAAAAUGACAGUGAAGUCAGUAAUAUUCAGCUAAAAAACGAAGAAGUAUUACAAGAAGACAGAAUUAUUGAUUACUUAGAAACUGAAGAAAAUGAAAAUUCAUAUGGUAUAAAGACUUCUAAUAGAGAUGACAAUCAAUUACAUAUAACAGACAUAGAAAAUAGUUAUGAAGACAGUCAAGAAAAUAUUUCAAAUCCAAAAGACAGUGAAACAAAUCCUAAUCAAUCUAAUGAUAAAAUGAAUGAAUUAAUGACAAAAGGACUAAAAGAAAGUUUAAAUAAUAUAUCAUUCUCUGAAAUACAAUCUAAUAGUAUCACUGAAGAUGGUGUCAAUGAAGAGUCUAUGAAUGCAAUAGAGACUGAAAGUACUGAUGAGAUAAAUUUGAAUGUAAAACCAAUUGAUAACUCUAAAGAAAUUGAUAAUGAAAAUCUAAAUAUACUUAUACAUGAAAAACUUGAUACCAAACUGAAUACUGUAACUUCAAUUGAUCUGUGUCUUCCACACUUAAUGCAAAAUGGUGAUAUAAAUUGUAAAAGUUUAAAUGCUGAAGACAAAAGCAGUAAAUAUUUGGAUGAUGCUGAGUUGGAAUCUCGUAAUGGUGAUGUUUUAGAUAUAUUUGAACAAGUAAUUAGUGAUAACCAAGAAGUUCCUGAGUUUAGCGAUAAUUGUAAAAAAAAUGUUUCCAUGAAAGAGCCUGUAAAAGAAUUAGACAUUACAAACAUAAAUGAAAAAGAUAUGUCAAAUCAGAAUAGUAAUUAUUUGUAUAAUAUUCAGCUGGAAUCUCAUAACAUUGAUGCUGAUGUGUCUAAAAAGGUAUCUUGUGAUAAUGAAACUUGUACUGACAGUACAGAAAGUGGUACAAAACAUGUGAUCAUUAAUGGUAUAGAUAAAGAAAUAGAUUUUAAUGUAGUCAAAAACCAUAUAAAAAGUCAGAACAUUAAAUGUUUGUUUGGCAAUGAGUUGGAAUCUCAUAACAUUGAAUCAUCAGAAGCGUUCGAAAAACAAUCUUGUAACGACCAAAAUGUGCUUGAUGGUGGUAUGAAUAAUAGGAAUAAAUUUGAUGUGACGGAACAAAAACAAGCAUUAAAAGAUAAUGUUACAAAUAUCACUAACACAAUGGAAAUAAAUGACUCGAGCUUUGAAUUUACUGAGAGAUAUGAAACAGUAAAUCUGAAGACCGACAUUAAUGAACGGGAUUUAAAUUCUGACAUGGAAAUAUCUAUAUAUGAAAACAAGGUACAAACAAAUUUAAAAAUUCAUGUUUCUAAUAAUUUACAAAAUGAGUGUUGUCCUUUUAAUAGUAGUAUUGAAAUUGUUCGUAGUUUCAGACCUACUAAUAAAGAUUUUGAAGCAGAAGACGUAAAAUUAAAAGGAAGCAAGCAUCUUACCUCUGAAGAUUAUAAAGAUAUUCAUGAUAUUGAAAAACAAGGUGAUAAUAUGGGUAAUGUGUCUAGUGUAAAUGAUUUUAACGAGAGUGUAAAUAAAAACAAUAAUGUAACAAAAGUUGAAAAUGAUUUAAUUAAAAAUUUAAUGUGUUUAAACCAAUUGUGUUCUAGUAAUAUUCAACUAGAUACUAUAGAAAACCAUAAUUUAAACAAUGACCUGGAAUGUGUUGUCCAGGUAAAUAAUGAUGAAGUGUUUAAUAACGACUCAUCUCUAGAAAUAACUGACUCUGAUUCCGUUAAAAUGAAUGGCUUUCACCAUUCUACAUUUCAAGAUUACUUAGAUGCUGAAACAUCGUCAUUGAAUUCAGAAGAUAGUGAGCCUUUGUCUAUUACAAGACUUAAACUUAAAAAUCUUAAAGAUACUAAUAAACUAUUGAAUCCAGAUUUCGUGCAGUAUUUAGAUAUGAAACUGGAUGAUUUGAUAGAAGAACAUCCUAACCAGACACGAGAUGAAAUUGUGGAAUAUUUGUAUAAAACCUGGGAGUAUGAACAAAAUACAAAAUCGGAUUUUAGAAAGAACGAUGAAAUUAAACAAUUGAGUAUGAUAAAAGGCUUAACAAACCAGGAUGCUGUUCGAAAAAAACAUGACCAAAAUUUUAAGUUAGAAGCUGGUAAAAAUGAAGAUAUUAAGCAGUCGUAUAUGUCAGAUGAGUUAACACACUACAAUGGCAAUAGGAAAAAAAGUGUAAAAGAUAACGUGAGAAACGAAAAGGUCGUUAAAAACAAAACUCUGAUAAAAGAACAAGCUAAAAAUAAGCAUAGGCUUUCUUUAAAACGUUGGUUAAUACCGCAGACUUCUGAAAUGCCAGAAGUUAAAAAGGAUAAAGAUAUAACGGAAAUAAAAAACAAAGUUAAUGAAAAUACGGGCCUAGAUUUCAUAAAGGUACCAGUAGAGAAUAUGAGUCAACAACACUUCGAAUCAUUUACGAUUCAGCAUUUAAAUACAGAAUCAUCUCCCCACAUAGCUGAAGCAAUGAAAUUAGAUAAUACAGAAAUUAAAUUAGAAUUAGAAAAUCAACCAAAGGAUGAUAAUGAAAUUGAAGCUAUUGCACUAUGUUCCUUACAGAAAAAAUUAUCUGAAAAUCUAGUCAAACAAAUUAAUUCAGCCCAAUUUCUUAAUGACAAACAUAACGAUGAAAAAUAUAAUGUUAAAGUUGAAUUUGAUUCUGAGAAUAUAUCAAUACAUUCUGAAGAGUCUGAUGCUUCAGUGUCCAAACGGAAACGCCUGAAACCCGGAGAAAAAUCUGUAUGCAAUUUAGAUGAUCCGGAGUUUGUAAAAUACUUAGAACUCAGACAAGAUACUUUGAUUGACGAAAAUCCUCAGUUAACACAGGCGGAAAUAAAAUCAUAUUUAUAUAAAACUUGGCUAUAUGAGGAAAGUGUAAAGUCUGAAAUUAAAAAGAAUGAUGAAAUCACACAAUCCAAUUUGGUGAAAGGAUUACAACAGGACGCCCCAGUGAAGAAAAUAAGAAAAAAAGUUAAAGCAGAAAAAGAACUUCUAGUUGACAAUAUUGUGAUGAAAGAUAAACCUAAACGUAAGACAUCUCAACCUUAUUAUAAUGAAGAGAUUUCAGAUAUUGAAGAUGACUUGGAAAUGUUUGAAAUAGGAAAUAAUACCAUAAACGAAAUAAGUAACCUUGAUAAAUUACAAGUUGGUAGAAAAACAAAUGAAGUUAUAGAAUUAUAUGAAGAAGAAAUCGAUGAAGUAGAAUUAUAUUUUGAAGAUUUGACUAGACCUAAACCAAAUAUAUUCAAAGGAUUGAUCAGAGAAAAAGUCUGUAAUAUUUGUGAAAAAACUGAUAAUCUCAUUAAAUGUAAAGGAUGUAGCAACAUGUUUCAUUUCGACUGUGAUAAGAAAGAGAGUGAGAAAGUUAUUGAAGUAUCUAUACCAUCAAGAGGUCGUAAGAAGAAGAAAAAGAUUGGGCGCAAGUCUAAAAAUCUUGAAGAUUCAGGUAGUCACAGCGACGAGAGAUCUCAAGAUAUAUCUGAUGAGCAUAUGUCCAUUGAUGAUAUUGUAGAACCUGUACCCCGUGUAGUAGACGCCGAUAGUUUCGAAGCACAAUUGGCUGAUAAAAUGAAAGAACUGCUCGAUUCUUAUAACCUAGAAUAUGAGUCGUACUCAAGUGACGACGGUAUUAAUUGGGACAAUUGCAUUGCUGGUAAAUGUGAGAUUGUUGAUGUAAAAUUGAAACCAAAGAAGGAAAGUAAUGAUUAUUCAGAUUUUAAGUGCAAAAACUGUCAGAAGUAUGAUAUCCCAGUGUGUUUUGUAUGUAAACAGGCCACAUCUAAGUCUGGAUUGGUGUAUAGACAGAAAUGCCAGGUCGCUCAUUGUUGUAAAUAUUAUCAUAUAGAGUGUUUGGACCACUGGCCUCAAACUCAGUUCAGUUCAGGGGAAAUUUCGCGGAACAAGAAAAAGAAUGAACAUGUAGAAGCUUUGACGUGUCCACGUCAUGUAUGCCACACGUGUGUAUCAGAUGAUCCUAGGGGUUGCAAGACGAGAUUCAGUGGGGACAAACUGGCCAGGUGUGUUAGGUGCCCAGCCACAUAUCAUACGUUUACGAAGUGUUUGCCAGCGGGAAGCCAAAUAUUAACGGGCUCUCUUAUAAUUUGUCCACGGCAUUAUGAGCAUAGACCCGGUAAGGUCCCAUGCCACGUGAACACCGGGUGGUGUUUCAUCUGCGCGUUGGGCGGUACUCUCAUAUGCUGUGAAUACUGCCCUACCUCGUUCCACGCUGAGUGCCUUAACAUUAAACCACCUGAAGGUGGCUAUAUGUGUGAAGAUUGUGAGACGGGCCGUCUGCCGUUGUACGGCGAAAUGGUGUGGGUGAAACUUGGACACUAUAGAUGGUGGCCAGGCAUAAUCCUGCAUCCGUCCGAAAUUCCGAGCAACAUUAUGGCGGUGAAGCACUCGCCCGGCGAGUUUGUUGUCCGAUUUUUCGGACAGUACGAUUAUUAUUGGGUCAACAGGGGCAGAGUGUUCCCCUUCCAAGAAGGUGAUUCCGGCAAAGUGUCAAGUCAAAAGUCUAAAAUUGAUGCCGCCUUUACAACUGCAAUGGAGCACGCGCAGAGGGCGUGUGGAGUUUUAAAAGCUGCUCAGCCGAACGAAGAGGAGUCAUUAGAUAUAGCUUCCUCGCUCUUGCCGCCGCAUUAUGUGAAACUCAAGGUGAACAAGCCGUGUGGGUCGCUCUGUGGGAAAAGGAUAGAUAUAGAAGAAAGUUCACUCACACAGUGCGACUGUAACCCUGACGAAGAGGACCCCUGUGGACCCUACUCGCAGUGCCUUAACAGAAUGUUGCUAACAGAAUGCGGUCCUAUAUGUCGAGCGGGCGACCGCUGCAAUAACCGCGCGUUCGAGAAACGUCUCUACCCCAAAUUAGUGCCCUACCGCACCCCGCAAAGGGGUUGGGGAUUGAAAACUUUAGAAGAAAUUCGAGCUGGACAGUUCGUGAUAGAGUAUGUAGGCGAGUUAAUAGAUGAAGAUGAAUUCAAACGACGGAUGAACAGAAAACAUGAAAUACGUGAUGAGAACUUCUAUUUCUUGACGUUGGACAAAGAGAGGAUGAUCGACGCUGGACCCAAAGGGAACUUGGCCAGGUUCAUGAACCACUGUUGUGAGCCCAACUGUGAGACUCAGAAGUGGACGGUGCUCGGUGACGUCAGAGUUGGACUGUUCGCCAUCGACGAUAUACCAGCGAAUAGCGAAGUGACAUUCAACUACAAUCUGGAAUGCGCGGGCAUAGACAAGAAGCGCUGUUUGUGCGGCGCGAAGCGGUGUAGCGGUUACAUUGGCGCGAAACCAAAGCAGACUGAAACGCAACAGAAAAAGCCGAAAGUCGCAGCGAAACGCACCUACAAGAAGCGAAAACAGGAAGGCUCGCCGUCUACAAAAGCGAAACCCAAACCCAAACGGUCGGUAGGACGCCCCACCAAGCCCCGGGAACUAACAGAAAUAGAGAAGGACCUGUUGAUAAUUAAAAGUGCAACAAACGGCCUGUCCAGUGACUCGGACUGCAGCAGAUUGAGUAGCCUAGAAGGAGACAGAAGUCAGAAAGCGCAGAAGAGGAAAAGAGUCAGCUUCUCAACAGAAGACGUUAUUCUCAACGGCAAAAAUUCUCCGUGUGUCAAAAAAAUGAAAAUGGACGACUACAAAAGUAGUGAACUGGAUUGAAGUUUGUGUUCUGAUUUGGUUAGAUUUUUUUUAUUUCGACAGCUGGGUUACUCUUGAAAACAAUUCCGAUCGGUCGAUAUUAGAAUUGUGUCGUUAUGUCACUUUGAAAUGCAAUGAAUUUUACAAUAUUGUUAUUGGAUUGAAAUUGUUUUAUAUUCAAGAGCAGACCUGUUUGUCGAUAGACUA